GUCACUACAUUGUCAUAAAAACAUGUCAAAGUUGACAAAAGUUCCUCUGUUUAUUUUGACCUAGAUUAUUUGAUUCCUCUGAAGAAAGUCAUAAAAUAGUGCGAUUAAUUUCAAUUCUAAUUGUUCUUAUAACUUUAAAAUGUACAAUUUCCGUAAAUUUUCGGAUCUUGGUUUAAAACGAGCGAAACAUCUGGUAAGGCAGAAUCUAAGUCAGAAUAAAUGGAGGUGUAUGUCGCAAAUGGAAAUUCCGCCAGAGGAAAAGAUCGUGCCGCAAUUUUCUAUACCGAAAGGAAUCUUAGGGCAGCCGACAUACCACACGCAUCCACAUAUGAUAGCUAAGGGUCAUUUGACCUGUGGGAUCACACAAAUGGAGUAUAAGGAAAGACGGGACACUUUAGUCAACAAAUUAAUUGCUGAAGUUGAUAAUGUUCAUAAGAGUCACAUUAUUAUAAUCCCGGCGGCCCGCAAGCAAUACAUGUCGGACAAGAUCCCAUAUGUGUUCCGACAGAAUUCAGAUUUCUUUUAUCUAACGGGAUGCUUAGAGCCAUCAGCUAUUUUAGUUAUGUUGAAACCAUCACAGACUGAUAAUUACAAGAGUAUCUUAUUUGUACAUGAGAAAGAUGCUCAUGCAGAACUGUGGGAGGGUCCUCGCAGCGGCUGCAGUGUCUCCGCACAAUUAUUCAGUGUGGAUGAAGCAAGACCAGUGGAUAGCUUUAAUCAGUAUAUAACAAAAAUAACAUCAUUAUCAAAACCAGGUAUCCUAUGGUAUCAUAACGAGAAUCCUGCAAACCUGGACAUCCAUGACGUCAUCCGUUCUGUGCUACACGGUCAGAUAUCUCUAGAAGAUCCGCAGAAGACUCUGCAUCAAAUGAGAGUGAUCAAAUCUCCCGCUGAAAUUGAACUGAUGAAGGAGGCUUGUUAUAUCGGCGCACAAUCGGUGAAUAUGGCUAUGGCUUGCACUAAACCUGGUGUGUCAGAGCGUUCUGUGGACGCGGUGUUAGAGUACUCGUGCCGGCAGGCGGGCGCGGAGCACGCCGCCUUCCCGCCGGUGGUGGCGGGCGGCGCGCGCGCCACCCACAUACACUAUGUAGCUAACAACCAGCUCUUACACGAACAGGAGAUGCUGCUCGUCGACUCAGGAUGUCAGCGGUGGAUGUACAACUCUGAUAUAUCAAGAACUUGGCCAGUUUCGGGGAAAUUCUCCAAAUAUCACAGGAUAUUGUACGAACUCGUGCUAACUGUGCAGAAACGUCUAAUAGAGCUAGUAGGCGAGCAGCGGCCGGCGCUGGACCAGCUGUUCGAGCAGAUGUGCCGGCUGCUCGGCACGCAGCUGCAGCAGGAGGGCAUCCUGCCCAAGAACAUUGACAGCAAUGACCUCAUCGGGCGCGCGUACCGGCUGUGCCCGCACCACGUGUCGCACUACCUCGGCCUGGACGUGCACGACGCGCCGCUCGUGCGCCGCCGCGUGCCAGUCGCCACUGGCAUGCUCGUCACUGUCGAGCCAGGUCUCUACAUAGCACCGAAUGAUAAAUCAGUGCCGGAAGAGUUCCGCGGCAUCGGCAUCAGGGUGGAGGAUGACGUGCUCAUAACUGACGGAGAGCCGGUUGUUUUGACGGAGGCUUGUGUCAAAGAAGUCGACGAUAUCGAGGCUAUAGUUGGAAAACAUAGCCUUUGAAAGUAUUUGUGGUGAAAAAUAAAAACUAGUAUUUUUAAAAGUGAAAAUAAGUAUGGAAAUAAUUUUUCAUGUUAGAGAAAUGGAUUUUUAAGUAAAAAAUCUGCCAAAAAAUAUUUUGCAAUCCUGAAAAUCUAGCUUAAAUAAAGUGGAAUUUACUAUUUUAUACAAUUAAAUAUAGUAGAACCUAGACAAGUUAAAAUCAAAAGGAAAUACAUACGACUUAUAGAGGUUUUAAGUUAUAAAGGGUCUAUGUAGAGGUUUUGGGCUCUGAUAGGAAGGGAACAUAUUUUUUGAAGUUAUAGAGGUUUUUAAGUUAUCUAGGUUCUACUUUAUAGUAAUAAUCGAGUACAAUAACAAUAUUUCAUGAGUAAAAUAUUUAAAAAAUUGAAAACAUAAUAAUUUUAGUAUAAAUGUUAUAAAAAUUAAGUUUUUAGUACAAUGAACACAAUUU